CUCACACGCUCAUGUACCUGCGACCUAUCUGCAUGGUUUGCUUCCUUCUGCUUUCGUUUGUUCAUAAUUAAAGAAGUUGGUCCCAAAAACGUUUUCGUUCAUCACAAACAUGGCUACAAUAAAAGAAAGAGCUGCGGCGCUGAACCUUGCAGAGAAAUUGUGCGUGCGUCCUCACGCACCUGGAGUGGCCACCAAGUCGGCGCAGUCUUCCUCCAUCUGGAGCAGCCUCAUCUUCCAUCUUAGGUCCACAGUGACAGUGAAACGCAGGCUAGUCCACCUAAAGUCCCACGACAACUGUUUCCUUGGCUCUGAGGCUGCGGAUGUGGUGGCAGACCACAUUACUCAUGCCAAGGAAUGUGAAGGUGCUGUUGUAUCACGUGACAAAGUGGUGCACGUGUGCCAGGCCUUGCUUGAGUGCAACGUGUUCGAGGCGGUGGGAACCAAAAUGUUUGGCAAAAACAAGAAGCAGGGUGUGUUUCAGGACAGCAAGAGCGCUCUUUACAGGUUUGUAGCUGUGUGUACGCCAUCAAUUGAUGAGUUGGAAAGAGGCGUGCUCGCAAGUGGGAUUCAAACAUACUUUUGUUGCUCUUCUCCAAACAGGCUGGAAAAGCAGACAUGUCCCCCCGAGAUGGCCCCCCCUGUCAAAGUCUGUGAGACGUCCGUGUUGGCCGGCCAACUGGAGGCUCGUCUCAGUACUAACCUUUCACUGGAGCCACUCUCAGGCAGCCUGAGUCCCAGCAGAGCGCAGACAGACUCUGUUUUACCACAGUCACUGGUACACCAGGUGUGGCAGGAGCAGACCCUGCACAGGCUGUUAAACCUAGUGGAGCUCCCUCUGCUGGAAGAAGUGCUGCAGUGCAUCCAGAACCCAACCUCUCCACCUCCAGCUAACACGGUGGUUCAUGGUAACCCUGACCUGAUCUACAGCAGCAACCACCUGGACAGACAGAUCCUCAAGGCCUUCAGGAGCUCCCAGGAAGAGGAGUGGCUCUGUGCUGCUCUGGACUGUUUGGACUUCCUUCCUGAUCAGCCGGUGGUGGAGCUGAGCAGGGAGCUGCCUCACUGUUUCCCACAGGAGAAGACCAGUGACCAAGAGCUAGCAGGGGGCAGCAUGCAGGAGGAAGCUCACAACGGGGAGCAGCAGACUCAUCUCUCCCAAAGGGGCUUGGCUCAGUGUAAGCUGCUGCUGUAUGGGACUCUGGUAAAACACUACAGCCACACAAACAGGUCUCCUCUGCUGCCACAGCACAUGACUGACAUCUACAUGGCUAUCACUGACCUGCUGGUAAAUGCCAAGUUGGAUAGAGCUUUGGAGGCGACCCAGCUGUGUCUGAAGCUGCUGCCACUGAGCAGCAGAGAAGAGCUGCGCAGGUUGCUUACGUUUAUGUCGUUGGCAGCUGAUCCACAAGGGAUAAAAGUAGACAAAGAGAUGGAGAACAAACUGGCAGUGAAGAAGUCCUUCUCCCGGGUGAUCCUGCACAGCAGGGCCUUCACAAAGGAGAAAGAAGACCUCAUGUUGGUCUUCAUGCUCAGCAACAUAAAGGAAAUUUUUAAGAUUCCCGGGGCUCUGCACAAAGGAGUGAGCGACAAGCUGGCCAGCCUCGCUCAGGGCAAACAGCCUGAUGUGACGGGUGCUACGCUCAGCCAGCAGGUUUGCAGCAGGACUUGUGCCGAGUCUGUAAAGAAAACAACAAACCAGGAACUGUGGAUACUCUUAAACAGCAUCCACCUGGACACCAAGAUGUCAACCAAGGAACGAAAGCGCCGCCUCAGACAGUUUAACCAAGCCCACCCACAGGUUUUCAACCAGUACUUUGGUGACUCUGCCAUCAAUGAGCUGUAGAUGUGCUGUGGUUUAGUCGUACUUUCGUCAUGACCUAAAAAUGUUCUUUUGUGUUUUACUGAUUUUUUUUUCUUUUUUUUAUGUUUUUGAAAAGCUUCCUUACUUUAAAGAAAGACUGUAAACAAACAGAGUUGAUGGGGGGAAAAAAGAAGCGAUCAGCUGCAAAGCUUUGUGAUUUUACUGAAGCUGAGUGAUGAUGUGUAAAUUUAGCUUCAGAAGUUUUAAAGUGUCUUAAAUUUGUCAGUGUUAGGACAUUUCAAGCGGCACAUAAAUACUUUGGUCCCUAGACUAAAAGUAAUACAUUUAAUUUUGCAGCAUGAUUAUUAUUAACAUAAAUAAACAGAGCAAAUCUAAAUCAUUAUUAUAAUUUUUCUAACUUAAGAUGGCACUGUGUUUGAAUUAAUCCUAAGCUGCCAAAAUAUAUAUCACCUUUCAGCUGAGUGAAUUCACAAAGCCUUUAUAGCUGGUUUGUUCUUUUUUUUCCAACUUUUCUUGUUUUACGGUGGUUUAUUUUUGACUGACGGUACUCCUGGAUGAAGAUUGUAGGCAAAUGAAUAUAAAAGAUGCCUUCAGCUAUUUUGUACAUGAAUGUGUUUGCUUUAUUAUUCCAUAAAAAAUAAAAUAAACAGUUGC